UCGGCAGAGUAGGAGAUGGAUCAGUGCGCGGAGCUGAGCUGCGUCUAUAUGAUGCUCUGUUGCAAUUUUGCAACCCCAAGUGUCGAGCAGGGUGAUGCUUGUAGGGGCAACAGUCAAGGGGAGUAAGUAGGUGAUGGAUGAUCGGAGAGAAAAUUGCGCCCCCUUCGCAGCGCUCUCCUCUCAACGUACACAACCAUGCAAAGCUAAUAUAUGAGCUCAAGCGAGGACGGGCCGGUUGUUGUUGCGCAACACGUACCGGUCCGCCGGUCCUUUCAUGCCUGCCUCCCUCGGCUAUUUCGCUCUACACGUCAUCGUCAUCGUCGCGUCGCACGCACGUAACACGACCGGCAAUCCAUCAUAUCCGCACUCGGACGGAUCAAUCAAAUCCAGACUUUAAACUUGUCCGGCCAAUAGCCAGCCAGCAUGUCGAGCGUAAUGUAUGCUCCAAGCACUAGCUGUAGGCUGCGGGACGUUUAGUUUACUGGCGCGCCAAAUCCCCUCCGACGUGCGCCCUUGCCGAGCUUUCUCAUCGGCACGUACCCCGCAAACGUGAUGCCGGGUGCAUGCUUCUGC